AUGGCUUUCAAGGGGAAGUUGGAGACUGUGUUAGAUCUCAAGUCAAGUCCUGAAAAAUUCUUGACUCUCUGGAAGAAGCAAGCCUACGAGGUUCCUAACCUUACUCCUACCAAUAUUCAAGGAGUUCAUGUCCUUGAAGGUGAUUGGGUCCCUCCUGGCUCUAUCAAGGUCUGGAACUACACUAUAGAUGGAAAAGCUGAGGUCUUUCAGGAGAAGAUUGAAUUGGAUGAGGAGAAGAAUAUAGUAACUCUUAUUGGUCUGGAAGGUGAUGUGUUCAAGAUUUAUAAGGUGUAUACUGCCAUAUGGGAACUCACACCCAAGGACCAGGGGAGCUUGGCAAAAUUGACUCUUGAAUAUGAGAAGCUGAAUGAGAAUGUUCCUGUUCCGCAUAAUUACAUGGAUUUUGUGAUUAGCAUAACUAAGGAUAUUGAUGAAGGAAUCUCCAAAUGA